AUGCCCAAGAUCGCUGAUCUUGUCGUUCCCGAAGCCGGUCGCAUCAGCGAUGUCUUGCCCCGCGUCCGCUCGCUUUGUCGUGACGUGGAAGAGACCACGAGCGUGUGCGAACACCUCCAUAGACGCCUAGUAGAGAUAUGCGACGAGCCCCUGAAGCGGGAGAAGAAUGGAGACUUCCACCAUCGCACGCUCUGGACAAGUAUCGUCUACCGAGUGGUAGAGUACUGGACCAUUGUGAACGACCUACUCCAGAUCAAUCAAGACGUGACGAAGGUGUUUGAGCUCUGCGGUAUCAGCAGCAAAAGUUCCUGGAGAGACGAAUGGGACGACGACGUGAGCUCGAUGAAAGAGGUGAUAGCCGCCACCGCUAGAGAUAAUGCCGCGGUUCUACGCGACAUGCAGGACCCACGGGUCCAGAGAGAGGCUCUGUUGACACCGAAGUUCGAGAUGGAGCAGCGAGCUGCGAGACACGACGAGAGGAUCAUCCUGUUGAUGAAGUCGAUCCAAGCGACCAUCGCUCUCGCGUCCAAGACACCGGAGGCCCCCCUGCCACCAUGUCCAGUGAAGUGGAGGUUGAACCCAAGCCAUUCACCAGCGGAUCCUAUGGAUCUGUACUGGGGCCCCGGCACAAAAGUGGUCGUAAAGCGCUUCCUCGUGAAGGACCAGGCGAUCGACCAACGCGCGCAGCUCAAGAUCGAAAAGGAGAUGAACAUUUGGUACCAGCUCAACCUCCUGAAUGUCAUCAAGAUGUUCGGUGCGUCUCACGUGAGCUCGCCGCCGUUUAUUGCGUAUGAAGAUGCAGUCAACGGAGACCUCGGGGUGUUUCUCAUCCGGUUAACCCCUUGGUUCCCGACGUCGUAA